UCUUCUUUCUCGUCUUCCGUUUCCGGGAGUGAAGCAGAAGAUGGCGACCGGUUUAGCGAUGAACCGAUACUCAAUUUCGGUAUUUAGAACAGCCGAUGUAUUACUAAACCGGCCAACGGCCUCCGUCGUCAGGAACUUCAAACUCAACCGCCGACUAAUCAGAAACUGCUCGAUCGCAGCGGUUCCUUUCGUCGUCGCCGACGACGAGAAGUACGGUAACAAACAGGUCAUCAGCCUCACUCCUCGCCUCUACGACUACGUCCUCUCCAACGUUCGCGAGCCUGAGAUUCUGAAGCUUCUUCGUGAAGAGACUGCGAAAAUGCGAGGUAGUCAGAUGCAGGUAUCUCCUGAUCAAGCGCAGUUACUAGCAAUGCUUGUGCAGAUUCUUGGAGCUGAGAGGUGUAUCGAAGUAGGAGUUUACACGGGGUAUUCAUCGUUGGCUGUAGCGUUGGCUCUACCUGAAUCAGGACGUAUUGUUGCUUGUGAAAGAGACUCUAACUCUCUUGAAGUUGCUAAGAGGUAUUACGAGCUUGCUGGUGUCUCUCACAAGGUUGUUGUGAAACAUGGACUCGCAGCAGAGUCGUUGAGAUCAUUGAUUGAGAACGGUGAAGGAUCCAGCUAUGAUUUUGCAUUUGUUGAUGCUGAUAAGAGGAUGUACCAGGACUACUUCGAAUUGCUUCUUCAACUUGUAAGGGUUGGUGGAGUUAUUGUGAUGGAUAAUGUUCUUUGGCAUGGACGAGUUGCUGAUCCUAUGGUGAAUGAUGCAAAGACCAUCAGCAUUAGGAAUUUCAACAAGAAGUUAAUGGAUGAUGAACGCGUAAGCAUUAGUAUGGUACCAAUUGGUGAUGGCAUGACGAUAUGCCGCAAGAGAUAAUCCUCUUUCAAAAACAUUUGGAUCCAAGUGAACCUGAGAGAGAAGUUUUAAAGCAGAAGAGUAUCAAAUGAAGCUGAGCACUUCACUGUCUGUAAACCGUUCUUUUGUUUGGACAGGGCUCACAGUUCUGUCUGCAUCCUCCGACACAGAGAAGCCUGAUCAACUUAGGAAAGGCUCAACACAUUCAGUUAGUAUGGUUUUUGACAUUUUGGUCAUUCUGAUUACUUGAAAAUAGAAUCUUAAUUAAUGUUGAACUUGCAUUAGCUCAAAUACUUAUGUGACUGAACAAAGUCUUCGAUCUUUAAUAUCAGAGCAUCUUAAAACCA